CAUUCAGACAAAUUGGGGAAGGAGGUGAAACAGGUGUUGGGAUGUGACCUUACUUCCCGACCGGUUUCCCCAAAGCUUCUUCAGGGGAAAUGAGGAAGCUGUGGUCACGACCCAAGCUAUAUUGGGCUAGAGAAAGCGUGGCGCGAUGUUGGUGGCCACAUUGCCCACUGAUUGGCUGGUGCGUGCGCCUUCAUCUACCUCUGACCCGUGGGACACAUACUGCUGCUGCCGGUGCCGCCUACACGAUGUCACCUGUCCUCUUAUUUACAUUCUCGUUGAAGGCGAUGUACAUGGCCUCUAGUAAUUUUUUUUUUUUUUUUUCUCCAGACCGCAUUUGAGAACUCUCGCCCCUUUCCAAUUCGGCAAGUGCCUUGCUUUGUCAAUGUGGUCCACCAGUGCACUGGAUUCGCAAUGAUGUCUCACGUCAGUGCGGUGUACUUAAUCCUAGUGUCCGGCCCCCUACGUUUCGCCGAAAUAGCUGGCGUCACAGCAACUUCAAGGAGACACUCGAGAUGCAGCGAGGGUUGUGCGUCUCCAUGAAGCUGUGCAUGUUGGUCGUGCUUUUGCUGGAGAUUCACCUGGGCAUCAUUAAUGAUAACAAGGUGUCAGCGGUAAGCAGUGACAAUGAAGAGGAAGUGGACCUGGAGUGGGAGGUUUUUGGCACUGCGAAUGACAGGCAUUAUGGUGUUAAUAUCCUGGACAAGAAAGGCGAGGUUAUCAUAAGUAACCCCACAGACUGGGUUUUGCGAGCUGUGGUUCACCCCAAUGAUUAUCCCGCCUCCAUGGCCCUGCACAAGGUGAAGGCUAUGUACCAAAGACUGUUGAAUGGGGAAAGUUCGCAGGCUGGCGACAAUAUACCGUACGUGGAGGCCGAGAUCAAGGCGGCCGAGGAGCAGAACAAUAAACGUGAUCAGUCAGUCUUCGCCAACCUCCUGAAGUGGAUGUGGGGAGAAGCCUAAGCCGAGCAUCACUAUACACAGGAAAGAGAGGAUGUUAACUCAUAAGUGGUCAAUAUAAACGUAACCUAUAAUUCAGGAAACA